AUGACCAAGCUUUCUUCCUUAUCAACAAAGAAAGGAUCAUCGACCUCGAUUGCCAAUCAAAAAUUAGAAAAACAUCAAUCAAUUUCGUCUACGAAAACAUUGGUUCAUCCAUCUCAUGGUCCAACAGUUUAUCCUGCAUUGUUAUCUGAAGUGGCUAAAGUAUUUAAAGAGCAAAUGCCUCGUGAUACCAGAUUCACCAAGGAUGGAUUGGAUUAUUAUGGCUCCUUCACAGGUAAUAUGGCGGUUGACGUGAUUGCCAGAAUUAUUAGAACCAAUGAUCGAAAUUUAGCCUUGUUGUUAGGAAGAUCGUUGGAUGCGCAGAAGUUUUUCCAUGAUGUUUCCUAUGAUCAUCGAUUGAGAGAUUCUGCUAAUGAAUUGUACGAAUUCAGUCAUGUCUACAAUGGCGAGUUGACUGCAAGUCAAGAAACUGGUGUUAAUGGUGUGUUCACAAUUUUGACGGAUUGUUAUUCUCCUACCUGUACAAGAAACCAUUUGUGUUAUAGUAUUGCAUGUCCAAGAAGAUUGGAACAGCAAGCAAGAUUAAAUUUGAAACCUCAAGGUGGAUUAAAGAGAGCUGUAUCUCGUCUAUCAUUACAUGAACAAGAAGAAAGUGAAACUUUAUGGCAUAAGACUGUUCCUCAAUCGGUUUUGGAUAAGUUAGAUAAACAAGAAAAGACAAGACAAGAAUUGAUUUACGAAUUUGUCUAUACUGAACGUGAUUAUGUCAAAGAUUUGGAAUUCAUGGAAGAUUUCUAUAUCAGAAAAUUAUCUGUCCUUCCCAUCAUUGCUGAGAAUCAACGAGAGGCAUUUUUACGUACUGUAUUUGGAGGUGUACAUGAAUUGUUAGCAUUGGGAAGAUCGUUUAGUGAAGCUCUUACGAGGAGACAACAACAACAGAAACCAGUUGUUGAAACUAUUGCUGAUGUGUUUUUGGAUUAUGUGGGCAAAUUUGAUCCAUUUGUUAUUUAUUCUGGUAAUAAAGUGUUUGCUACAUUUGAACAUGAAAGACAACAACAAGUCAAUCCUAGAUAUUCAGCUUUUUUAGAUAAGGUUGAAAGACAAGCUGAAUCUAGAAGACAAGAUUUGUCAUCAUUCUUGAUCAAAGGUGUGCAAAGACCAGCAAGGUACCAGUUGUUAUUAGCAGGGAUUUUGAAGAACACCAAACCAGACUCUCCUGAUUAUAAGAAUUUGGUCAAGGCAAAGGAAGAAAUUGAAAAGGUUUUAGCCAAGAUUAAUGUGCAAACUGGUAUAAGUACUGAUAGACAUAAAGUUAUGGUAUUGCAUAGAUUAUUGGGAAGACAAACAUUGGAGAAUAGGUUUAACUUUAGAUUGAAGUAUAGUGAUCGAAUCAUUUACCAGGCUACCCUUAGUCGGAAGAGAGAUAACGAAAAGAUUGACUUGUAUAUUUUUGAACAUGCAUUAUUAUUGGUGAAGCACAAGAUUCAAAAUAAACGAGAGCAACACAAAGUUCUUGAACGUCCAUUCUUGUUACCAUUAUUGUUUGUUAAUAGUGGAUAUGAAAUUCCUACCAUGAGAACAAUCAUGAAUACCAGAUAUCAUAAUUCAUUACUUUCUGAUGUCUCAUUAAAAAGUCAAAGAGCUGAAACUAAUUACAUUGGAAACACCUUGAAUUCAUCAUCCAACGCCAAAUUCCAAUUGAACUUCUAUGCAUUGGGUAGUAAUCCAGUUCAUCUUUCUUUGUAUGCCGAGGAUGCAGCAAUUCAAAAUCAAAUUUUACAACAAGUUAGUCAACAGCAAAAGAAAUUGAUUGAUAAUAGUGAUUUGUUUUCCUUGACUAAAUACGAAACUAGAAAGUUUCAAGGUAAUAAUAGAAUCAAUUGUGCUGUACCUUGUUACGGUGGCAAGAAGUUGUUGUAUGGAACAGAUUCUGGGGUGUGGGUUAGUACUGUUCGUUCUAUUAGCACAACCUCUAAUGAAAAGAUUUGUUCUGAUCCGACCUUGGUGAUUUCAAAAGUAUACGUCACUCAAAUUGAAGUUUUGGUUGAAUUUAACAAAUUGUUGGUGUUGAGUGACAAGAGUUUGUAUGAAUUUGAUUUGAACUGUACUGACUCCUUAGAUCAUGUCAAGAACACUAAACUGGGUAAAUUAUUAAUGACCCAUAUUUCAUUCUUCAAGAUUGGUAUUUGUGAUGGAAGAUUAAUUGUAUGUGGUGCCAGAACCGGUGGACAACAUUCCAUUUGUAUGUUUGAACCAGCAAGUCCUCAUGAUAAGAAUCAAAGAAACAAGAGUAAGAAGUUGGAGGUUCAAGAAAUUUCAUUUAGCUCUGAUCCAAUUUCAAUUUCAUUCUUGAAAUCGAAAUUAUGUAUUGGGUGUGCUAAAGGAUUUGAAAUUGUUACUCCAGAUGGUAAGACCAAAGAAUCUAUUUUGGAUGAAGCUGAUCCUUCGUUGGAUUUUGCUACCCAAAGAGAAAGUGUCACACCAUUGGCCAUCUACAGAGUAGGUAAGGACUUUUUAUUAUGUUACGCGGAAUUUGCGUUCUUGAUCAAUAGAAAUGGAUGGAGAACUACUCACGACUGGGAGAUAUUCUGGCAAGGUAACCCACAAAAUAUUGCCCUUUUCUUCCCCCACAUUCUUGCGUUUGAACCAGGAUUCAUCGAAAUUAGAGAUUUGACUACUCAAACCUUGUUACGAGCCUUGGCAGGGGAGAAUAUCCGAUUUUUACAUUCCAAUGAGCAUGAGGCUAUGUUUGCAUGUGAAGAGAAUGGGUAUGAUAUUAUUGUAUCUAUAGAUUUCUUGAAUUUGAAGCCCAAAUCUCCAAAUUGA